UUCAGUCUUUCAUUCUUACGCCGUGCUGGUCACUCACUCCUUUUUGUCGAUCGCUUCUUGUCAUCGUUGAUUUUAUUGCAAGAUACCCACAUAUUAUUUUCGUUAGACUCGCUAUCAAAAUGCGUGCUUCAUCCUUCUUCGGUGUCACUCUCUUCGCCGCCACGGCGCUCGCUCAUGGCAACAUUACCAGCCCUCCUGCUCGCCAACCCGGUCCAGUCAUGCAACAAGUCUGUGGCGCUGCGGCUGUCUCCGCUAUCCUCGCGGACGGAACCGGGCCUCUCGAAAACAUUCCCAGCAGCGGUGCAGCUGACUGCAACAUCUUCUUAUGCAAAGGCGCUCAAUUCGAAGACAACCAGAACAACGUCCAGGUCUUUGCGCCGGGCGAGGUGGUCGACUUCGCAGCCCAGCUACCCAUCCCGCACGAGGGCCCCUGCAACGUCUCCAUUAUCGACACUGCCACAAAUACCGUCGUCGGCCAACCACUCCUGGUCUUCGACUCGUAUGCCGACGAGAACCUAGCGCAGCUGCCACUCAACAACACCGCCUUCAGCGUUACGAUGCCGACGGACCUUGGCGCUCAGUGCCAGACUCCGGGUGAUUGUACCAUGCAAUGGUUCUGGUUUGGCACUGCUGCGGUGCAAACCUAUGAGAACUGCGUCGACUUUGUCAUGUCAGAAUAAGCCACACAUACAGUCCUCGGUCACCCCACACGUACGGAAUGGUACUUGUGAUCAUCGCAACAUACCGCUGGAACCUUGAACUUGCAGUUCGGCAUUAGGCGGCCCAUUCGCGCAGUAUUGACGGUUCUCCUAAUUGGAAUGGUUCUCCUGAGGGGGGCCCUUCACGUUGUAUUACUAGAU